UGACAGAAGUUUUGUGUGUGAACAUCGAGUCCGAGUCGAAUCGUUUUCGUCUUCGCCAAAAGGAAAAGAAAGGUCCGAGCGAGCGCAGCGAAUAAGGCGAGGAAAAUUUUUGUCUUGUGUUAUUGUUUCAUGGACGACGCGAAGUGAGAAAGUGGAAAAUUGUCGCGUACGUUAAAAGGUGUUAAAAGAGUGCGUUUUGUGUUAAAAUUAUCCGCAGUUUAUCACUUAAUGUGUGGUGUUCGUUUGGAAGCAGUUUAAAAUUUUUGAGUUUAGUAACUAAGCUCUCUUCAUCAGCCGGGCAUAACCAUGGAGGAAGAUACCGAAUACAAGAAGCUGCCGAUCGAUGAACGAUGCGUGCAUAAACUGUGGAAGGCCCGUGUCGACGGUUAUGAGGAAGCGGCCAAACUUUUCCGUACAAUAGACGACGAAAAGUCGCCCGAAUGGAACAAAUAUCUUGGACUGGUCAAAAAAUUCGUCACCGACAGCAAUGCCGUGGCCCAGGAAAAAGGACUGGAGGCAACGCUGGUGUUUGUCGAGAACAGUGGCAAUGCUGGUAAAACCGUUGGAGAAGUCAUGAGCGGAAUCGUCACGAAAUGUAUUGGAGCUCCCAAGGCCAAAACGAAGGAUCUGGCCGCACAGAUCACUUUGAUGUACAUUGAAAUCGAGAAGCACGAGAUUGUGCUGGAGGAACUGUUGAAGGGAACUGAACAGAAGAACCCCAAAAUCGUAGCGGCUUGUGUGGUAUCGAUUACCCAGGCCUUGCGAGAGUUCGGCAACAAAGUAAUCAGCAUUAAACCAAUUGUUAAGAAACUUCCGACCUUGCUGAGCGAUCGUGACAAGGCGGUGCGUGAUGAAUCCAAAUCUCUGACGAUUGAAAUCUACCGAUGGAUUGGAGCGGCUUUCAAAUCACAAAUAGCAACUCUGCCAGCUGUUCUUCUGACAGAACUGGAAGCAGAAUUCGAGAAAGUAAGCGGCGAAAAAGCGAUUCCAACGCGGUAUCUCCGAUCACAGCAGGAGAAGCAAAUGUUAGCAGCUGUGGCCGCCAGCAGUAGUGGGGACGUGGAUGACGCUGGAGACGAUAACGAAGCAGACGAGGCUGAAGAGAUAGAUCCAAUGGAUCUCAUCGAUCCGGUAGAUAUCCUUUCAAAAUUGCCGAAAGAUUUCUACGAGAAACUGGAAGCCAAGAAGUGGCAGGAACGGAAAGAAUCACUAGAAGCAUUGGAGACAUUGCUGCAGAAUCCAAAACUUCAGCCCGGAGACUAUGGAGAUGUUGUUCGUGCUCUCAAGAAGAUCAUCUCCAAAGAUACCAAUGUGGUUCUGGUGGCUCUAGGUGGCAAAUGUUUGGCAAUGCUCGCUCGAGGGUUAGCGAAGAAAUUCAAUACUUAUGCCGGGGCAUGCGUCCCGGCGAUAUUGGAAAAGUUUAAGGAAAAGAAAGCGAACGUAGUUACUGCCCUUCGGGAUGCCAUUGAUGCGAUCUAUCCUUCCACGACGCUCGAGGCCAUUCAGGAAGACAUUUUGGAGGCCUUGGGCAACAAAAAUCCGAAUGUCAAAUUAGAAACUGCUUCAUUCCUUGCGCGAGCAUUCACCAAAACUUUGCCCACAAUACUCAACAAAAAGCUUUUGAAAGCAAUAAUCACAGCACUUCUCAAAACAUUAAACGAGCCGGAUCCGGCUGUUCGAGAUGCAGCGGCCGAGGCCCUUGGGACAGCCAUGAAGCUGGUAGGCGAGAAAGCCAUAGGUCCUCAUUUGACUGAAGUAGAUGCCUUGAAGCUGGCAAAGAUUAAGGAAUGUUGUGAAAAAGCGGUAAUAACUGUAAAGAUACCCGGCCCUAAGAAAGAGCGACCCGCUACGGCCCCACCAAAAACGACAUCGACGGCAACAGGUGCCGUCAAAAAGGGAGGUUCCACCGAACCGAAACCUGUGGCCAGACCGGCAACAGCUGGCGUGAAGAAAGUUCCUGCCAAAAAGGCAACCGGCACCGGUGGCGGAGGAGGCGGAGGGGGUGGCUCUGGUAUAGCCAAAUCUGCCAGCUCUUCGAAGGUACUUCCCACGGAACGUGAUAUGUCUGCCGAGGAAGUCGAUGAAAGAGCUGCUGAAAUACUACCUGCAGAUGUCGCACAAGGGUUGGCUGAUUCAAACUGGAAGACACGUCUUGCUGCAGUAGAGUCGUUAACAAGUGUCAUCGCUGAGCUGGAUCCAAAAUGUGGUCAUUCACAGGUCAUACUACGUUUCAUAGCAAAGAAACCCGGUCUAAAAGAUACCAAUUUCCAAGUUUUGAAAGGCAAGCUAGAAAACGUGAGAGCUGUGGUUGAAAAACUUGGAGUGACAAUCACCACAGCAGACUAUAUUAUGAACGACAUCACUGAGAAGCUAGGCGAUGUGAAGAACAGUGGACCUGCUGGACAAGCGUUGACGGCCAUUGCCGAAGCCAUCAAACUGGAAUAUGCCGUGUCCAAAGUGAUGGAAUUUGCCUUUGAACAGAAAUCGCCCAAAGUGCAACAGGAGGCAUUAACGUGGGUAAACAACGCGAUCAAGGAGUUUGGGUUCCAGGUCAAUCCGAAACUACUCCUCGAAGACUCGAGGAAAGCGGUACAAAGUAUCAAUCCAGCCGUCCGGGCCGCUGGAAUAGCUCUCUUAGGAACGAUGUAUCUCUUCAUGGGCAACACGCUGGCGAUGUUCUUCGAAAAUGAGAAGCCCGCUUUGAAGCAACAAAUUCAGGCAGAGUUCGAUAAGUGCGUUGGUCAAAAACCUCCCGCUCCAACCCGAGGGCUUUCCAAGUGUGCAAGUCGCGGUUCGGUGGAUGACAACCUUGAAGAUGAUGGUGAAGCAGACGAUCAACCAGCAGUCAACAUAAACGAUCUUCUCCCGAGAGUGGAUAUUUCGUCCCAAAUUACCGAGUCACUGUUGACCGAACUAUCUGACAAAAAUUGGAAAACCAGAAACGAAGGUUUGGAGAAGUUGAGGGGCAUUGUUAAUGAUGCUAAGCUAAUCAAGUCAAACCUUGGCGAUUUGCCCCAAGUAAUGACCCAGAGAUUGGUUGAUAGCAAUGCGAAGAUCGCCCAAACCUCCGUAGAAAUAUGUCAGCUAAUAGCCAUCGCUAUGGGGCCGCCUUGUAAGCAAUAUGUCCGAGCAUUCUUCCCCGGAUUUCUGAAAGGUCUCGGAGAUGGAAAAGCGUUCAUCAGGAGUGCAUGCAUUUCCUGCAUCAACACUUGGGGAGAUCAAGCUGGUUACAAGGAAUUCUUCGAUGGUGAAAUGAUAGCCGAUGCGUUGAAAACUGGAAGUCCAGCACUCAAAACGGAACUGUGGGGUUGGGUAGCGGAAAAGUUACCACCACUACCGACCAAAAGCAUCCAAAAGGACGAACUGGUGUCAAUGUUGCCCCAUCUGUAUGCUAACAUCUGUGAUAGAAAUGCGGACGUUCGGAAGAAUGCCAAUGAAGCCGUCUUGGGUAUUAUGAUUCACUUGGGAUACGAUGCUAUGAUGAAAGCUUUGGAUAAGCAGAAGCCAACCUCGAAAAAAGACAUUCAGGCAGCUCUAGAUAAGGCUCGGCCUAAUCUACCGGUGAAACCUUUGCCGAAAAACAAACAACAGGCUCCUAUUGUGGAUGAACCCAAGGUGGUACGUCCCGGAACAGCUAAAGUGCAGAAGGCAGCGGUCGGAGCCUCUGCUAAGGCGAAUGCUCCAGCGGUAUCGCGUAAAAAGGAAGAGGAGGUAGACAACUCUCCUCUUCUAGCAAUAAACAACAUGAAGAGUCAACGGUUGUUGGACGAGCAGAAAUUGAAGGUUCUCAAGUGGACCUUCACUACCCCCAGAGAAGAAUUCACCGAUCUGCUGAAGGAGCAAAUGACGUCGGCAAAUGUUAACAAGGGUUUGAUAGCUAACAUGUUCCACGAAGAUUUCCGAUAUCAUUUGAAGGUAAUCGAUGCACUGGUCGAGGAUUUGCCGAAGAACGAUAAAGGACUGAUCUGCAAUUUGGAUCUGAUUAUGAAAUGGCUCUCUUUGCGAUUCUACGAUACUAACCCUUCCGUAUUGCUCAAAGGAUUGGACUAUUUGAAUUUGGUAUUCGCAAUGUUGAUCGAAAAGCAGUAUGUCCUGGCGGAAAAUGAAGGCAGCUCGUUUGUGCCCCACCUACUGACGAAAAUUGGCGAUCCAAAAGAUGUGGUGCGCAACGGGGUUCGAACGCUUCUGCGGCAGAUUUGCUUGGUGUAUCCUUUUGCAAAAGUGUUUGUAUUCGUGAUGGAUGCUCUCAAGUCCAAGAAUGCUCGACAACGUGCGGAAUGUUUAGAUGAACUGGGCUAUCUGAUCGAGACAUACGGAUUGUCAGUUUGCCAACCAACACAACAGGCUGCGUUGAAGGAAAUUGCUAAGCAUAUAUCAGACCGCGAUAACUCCGUGCGUAAUGCAGCGUUGAACGCAGUGGUGCAAGCAUACUUUCUUGCCGGAGAAAAGGUGUAUAAACUCAUCGGACAACUCUCGGAGAAAGAUCUAUCCAUGCUGGACGAAAGAAUUAAGCGGUCUAAGAAAACGGCGGUCAAGAAACCGGCCAGCACUAUCGAAAUAGUCAAGGUGUCCUCCGCGACGGAAGUUAACGUCGUUGAGCCAGAAGUUGUGGAAGAAGAAGAGGAGCCUGUUCCCGUGGAACAGCCGGUAGAAACGUUACCCGCGCGUAAGCGUAGAUCGGUAAUGUUUAACAAUAACAUCAAAACGUACGACGACACCGGUGCGGGACAGGCUGACAAAUCGGUUUCCGGCCGAAACGACGAGUGCGAAAGUGCUAACAAACGGCCGAAAGCAGAUCCAGAUAUUACGGGAUGUGCGAAACCACCGGAAGUAAAUCCGCCUAAAGUUAGUGGCCCCUUUAAGCUGGAUGAAAAUGUGAUUGCCGACAUUGAGUGCAACUGGGUUAAGGCCGAUCAGCAUCGGAAACUUGCUUUGCCUCAGAUCGAUGUUUCGUUCAUCUACGAUUCGAUCAAGGUGAUUCCAGUAAGGGGCAUUGCAUAUCCAGACGAUAAGUUCCAGCAACUGCUGGCACGAACCCUCCAUCGGCCGAUGAGUGCCCACUCAAGGGAAUAUGCCAUGAGUCCGCCAUCGCAUCUUCGUUCUCCAGCGUACAGUGGAACGAACAAGCCAAAACCAACUGCAAACUUGGCGGAUGCGUUGCCAAAAUUGGACCCGAAUCUUCUGCGAAUCAUCCGAGGUAUUGGAAGUGCUGAUGCGUAUACUGCCCACGCGGCUAUCAACGAGUUGUCGGACAUUCUUGAAUCUCAAGAAAAGCAGGCUGCUCUAAGAGAUUACGAAGAAAUUUACAUCCAAAGUAUACUGCAACAAUUCAAGUACCUUCAACAAAAGCCUUUAGCGGAAUCGUUGGCUAUGUAUCAACCAUUGCUGCACAGUAUUUAUUCCUUCUUUGCCUCGAAAACGUUGGGCAAAAACCUUACGGUGAACACGAUCAAAAGUAUUAUCGCGGUGCUGCUUGGGCUUAUGGCGGACAAUAAACUCGGAGGAAGUGCAGAUGAUGCGCAGUUCACAAAGGUGGUCAAUGGAAUCUGUCUCAAGAUUUUGGAUCGAACUAAUUUCACAAAUCUAAAUUGCGCACUGAUACGAUUACUCAAAGAAUCGUGUCAAACUAGUUGCCUACCUAAGUUUACGGAUCUACUCAUGAAGUGCAUCUGGCGAAAUGUGAAGGUUAUUCCUGACCGGCUUCAGGAUUUGGACUACGAUUCCGUCUUGCUAGAGGUGCAUGAGUUUAUGUUGGCCUUACCGAGCGUUUGGUGGCAGCAAAGGCCUUCCGAUACUCCUCUGCGGACGGUGAAAACAAUCAUUCACAACAUGACGAAAAUCAAGGGCAAUGCCAUCCUGCAGCACUUGAAUCGGAUUCCCAGCCACUCAGAACUGAAUACCUAUAUCUUGCGAAUAUUGAAAAAUCUCAACAAGGAGUCGGCUUCCAGUGCAGCCAAUUUGCACGCUGCAGCCGUCGCCAAUUCGAAUAGUGAAAACAACAAUACUCAGCACCGAACCGGCAGCCGACCUGUGCACGAAACACACGAAGAAGUGUCCAACAUCUUCAAACUAAUCUCGAACACGGACACUAGCCAAGAGGGACUAGCGAAAUUGCAUGAGUUCAAGUCAAAAAAUCCCGAUGUAGAUAUCCUCCCGUUUCUGAAAGGGGCUAGCGUCAGCUUCCAGAAGUAUAUCAUAGACGGACUGCAAGAACUGGAUGCGAGAAAAAGUAGCGUAAAGGAAAGUGAUAAGAAAAUUAUGGCAGCGAAUUGUAUGCCACAGUCAACCACCAAUCCCGACUACUGGAUGGAACGUUUGAACUCGCUCAUGACAAAAACCAGUCAAGCAGCGAACCAUCAGUCCAACGCAAUGCAUGGUCAAUAUACGGACAACAAAAUCACAGACGAGAACCUGAACCUGAACCAGAUGCAGCCGAAGGUCAACCUACUGCGGAAGGAAGCUGUUGGCGGAUUAGGUUCCGGUUUGAGCCCCACCACAGGCGGAGGCACCGGUGGAAGUGGUAAUGCGAAUAUUGUUAGUAGUAUCCCGUUACACCGACGCGAAUUGCUUGCGCAAAAACUAGAACAAAUUAAGCAACAAAAGUGAACCAGCUUGCAAGAACUGAGUUGAUCUCAGUUUUUAAUUGGAGAACAAUAACUGUGAGAAAGGGACGGUAUGAUGGAAGCGUUUUUGACGCAUUCCAGUGAAUACAGGAAAAAUGAGGUCGAUGUUCGAUCAAGCUCUUUAAAAUCUCAGUUUUAUAUUGAACAGGUUUAGCUAAUUAUACUCUCAUUGAACAGCAGUGUAAGCAUUAGAAACGUCCUAUUUGUUCUUUUUAUAAUUUUCAUAAAGAAACUAUUGUUUUCCUGACAUUAGUCUUAAAAUAUUUUCCAAAAAGGCCUUAUGACGCAUGAGUAAGAAUAACUCAUAAAAUGUAGUACGCGUUUAAAAAUGCUUAAUUUUUCGUAUUGUUUCAAUUUCCUCCUCGAUUUUGCUGUAAAGCUAAUGAAAGUAAAACAAAAACUCAAAACACUUGUAACACAGCAAUUAUUACUUAUCAACUAAAAUAUGCCACUAUGUUCCACACAUGUAGUCACGAGUUAUGAAUAUAACCAGAAACUAGUAGACACGCUUGUACUACAACACACCUAAUGCAUAGGGGUCCGGCGAAAUUCCUUCCUAUCGAUUGAUUACGUUUUAAACUGUUUUCUGUUCUCGGCCAAAAUAACGCGUGAGCUGCUAUAUAGCAAGCAGUUAUUGUUCAAAUUAAAUCAUAUUCAGACUGAAACAAAAGCAUACCAUUUCGAAUAGUGUUACUUUUACGAUAUAAUUUGUGACAUGCUUAUCGGUCCAUAAGCCAACUUGUUAGUAUUAUUUGAAUCUCUAAUGAACCAUCACUCUGAUUAUCCAUUGAAAGGCCUCUCCACGUGGCAUGUUGAUAGCAUUAAAAUGCAAAGUUGUUUGUUCCAUUGAUUUGCUGUUUGAAAUAUUACUUGUUACAACCGAAACACGAACAUACGUUGCCGAAGAUCAUUUUUGCACUAUUUGUUAACCAACACUCGUUCCUAAUUUUUAAGCCGGGUUUUAUGUUAACCGAUAUAAUGUUCUCUUCUUUUCAUGAACCUAUCCAUCCAAUAAGACACGUAUCUGUAUAAAAGCAAACGGGAGACGGCCACAACAUGUAUUACUCCUACAAAAAUCGCAAAAUAAUAAAAAAUAAAUACUUAAACAACAACUGGACGUGUCCUCUCUGUUGCAUGUAUUGAUUACAUGACAUUCAUAU